AACACAGAAAUCGAUGAUGAGAGGUAUGAAAGAGUUAGCUUUACCGUGACGAUUGUUCCAUUAUAGUCAUGGAAAAGCCACCGAGUGUAAUUAUUGCGCAAGACGGACGACAUACGCAGCUCCAAGUCCCAGGGUUGAAUCUGCCUUACGGCUGCCUUGCAGGACGCCUACAGUGGUCCAUAAGGCUGAGUGACCCACCAACAACGCUUUUUAUCGCAACCUCAACUUCUUUCAGAAUCAUGGCAAAUAUUGCAAUCCAUGGUCGAAUACGAUGCCAGGUCCAAAGAGGCCUUACCCUCACGAUGAAGGAGUCUCCUUUGCUCGUACUCCCUGUUUUGUUGAAAAGAGGAGGCUCGUCGCAUUCUCAGAGGCUGGUACUUCGGCUGCCUCGCCCCGAACGACAGUAAGCAUCUACCAAGAUACCUACUGCGAUGAAACUAUGAGAGUGGAUGCGCCCUCUCCGGUGCCUUGUAUCUCUUCUCCGAGCUCUGGUGAUUCACUCGAGGUCCCCAGUUCCACAGAAACCACCUGGACACCCUUGACCGCUUCUUCAAAUACAGAAGCAGCAGAAACAUGGAAUAAGGGUGACGAAAUAGAGAUAUGUUUUGGUAUGCUUGUAAACGGGCUCCUUUUUGCGUGGAAAUCUUCUCCGGUCUCCAUAAUUUCAAGUUCAAGGCUAGGGGAACCGACCUUGAAACCUCGUUUCCGAGCCAAUGGCAUAACUAUUCUAAACUCGGCAAAACAAGAGAUGGGAGUCUUGGACAAUGAGACUGCGAGUGGUAUGAUCGUCCUCAAAAAGGCCGUAUCAUCCGCACGGUUUGACAUAUACGCAUGCCAAGGGAUGAAGCAGGUUCAGAGCCAAGAUGGGACACUAGGCAUGCCACUUGAAAUACUCGUCUUUGGACCGAGAAACUCUCUAGGACAAGUUGGGUCUCUCUUGUCGCAGUCCAGUCUCUUUCUGCAAGAGCCCAUCGACCGUCAACUUUCAGUGUCCUACAAGAACCCACACGUCUUCUCAUGGGACGGGGAGGAGGAUGAUACAAAUUCUAGCUACCUGUUAGAGCCGUCAUCCGAGAGUCAAAUCGGGUCUACAGACAAGAUUCAGGCAGUCCUGAAUGACACGAGUGUCCCUCGAUUAUCUUUUCAGGUUGAACAGGAUGCAAGAAUUACGUCCACCCUCAAGCAGUUAGUGAUUGUUUCUUACUCGAUACUACACAUAUCCACCUCCCGAAUGUGUAUGGACUUUUCAGGCAUUGCCUUGAUAACAUGUGGCUCCUACGCAGACAUCAGUUAAUAGCCUUGAAGUUCAUGGUUUCUCGAGAGGGCUUGGUGGAGACUGAUCGGCUUACACUAUGGAGACCCGUGAAUAGGAAUGGGAGACAAGUGUUCCAAAAUGAGAUUACACACUCCACGAAGAUUUCAGAGCCCGCUGAGUGCCGUGGAGGGAUCCUAGCAGAUGAGAUGGGCAUGGGGAAAUCGCUCUCACUACUUGCUCUUAUAUUAUACACCUUAUCCUGCCAAAGAUCAAACAACGAAGAGAAUGGGUAUCUGUCAUAUCAGAAGAAGGAUAUUCGGUCAAUCGCAACCUUGAUCAUUGCCCCGAAAUCGAGUAAGCCUGUGAUGCCAUCCUUGCAG